AUGGUGCCCAGCCUACCUCCUGCCCUCCUCCUCCUCCUCCUGCAGGUGUUUCUCCUCUGGAAUAGCCCAGUUGCAGCCUCCAUCCAAGAGCAGUACUGCGAGAGCCUGCCGCCCGUCACCAACCACACGGGUCCCCAGUGCAACGCCUCGGUAGACCUGAUCGGCACGUGUUGGCCCCGCAGUGCGGUGGGACAGCUGGUAGCUCGCCCCUGUCCCGAAUAUUUCUAUGGCGUGCGGUACAACACCACGAAUAAUGGCUACAGGGAGUGCCUCGCUAACGGGAGCUGGGCAGCACGGGUCAACUAUUCCCAGUGCCAGGAGAUUCUCAGCGAAGAGAAGAAGAGCAAGCUGCACUACCACAUCGCCGUCAUCAUCAACUACCUGGGGCACUGUGUCUCGCUGGGGGCCCUCCUCGUGGCCUUUGUCCUCUUCAUGCGCCUUCGGAGCAUCCGCUGCCUGAGGAACAUCAUCCACUGGAACCUGAUCACAGCCUUCAUCCUACGCAACGCCACGUGGUUCGUGGUGCAGCUCACGAUGAACCCGGAGGUGCACGAGAGCAAUGUGGUCUGGUGCCGCUUGGUCACUGCCGCCUACAAUUACUUCCAUGUCACCAACUUUUUCUGGAUGUUCGGUGAGGGCUGUUACCUGCACACGGCCAUCGUGCUCACCUACUCCACGGACAAGCUCCGCAAGUGGAUGUUCAUCUGCAUCGGCUGGUGUAUCCCCUUUCCCAUCAUCGUCGCCUGGGCCAUCGGGAAGCUGUACUACGACAACGAGAAGUGCUGGUUUGGGAAGCGAGCAGGAGUUUACACCGACUACAUUUACCAAGGCCCCAUGAUCCUGGUGCUUCUGAUCAACUUCAUCUUUCUGUUCAACAUCGUCCGAAUCCUCAUGACAAAGCUCCGAGCUUCAACCACAUCAGAGACGAUCCAGUACAGGAAAGCAGUCAAGGCCACGCUGGUGCUGCUGCCCUUGCUGGGAAUCACCUACAUGUUGUUCUUUGUCAACCCGGGGGAGGAUGAGAUCUCCAGGAUCGUCUUCAUCUACUUCAACUCCUUUCUGGAGUCCUUCCAGGGCUUCUUCGUCUCUGUCUUCUACUGCUUCCUAAACAGCGAGGUCCGAUCAGCUGUACGGAAGCGGUGGCACCGAUGGCAGGACAAACAUUCCAUCCGUGCCCGUGUGGCUCGGGCCAUGUCCAUCCCCACCUCCCCGACCCGUGUCAGCUUCCACAGCAUCAAGCAAUCCACGGCUGUCUGAGCUGGGAGUGAGCUGCCAUAUGG